AUGGAGUUGACGCCGACAAAAUAUCGAGGAGCCGCUGGAACUUUGCAUAUGGUGGCCGUCUCAUUCUCUGACUGGUUUUCGUUGCUCAUUGGACUUCCUGAAGUACUUGGUGGAUCAAAUUGGUGGCCGAUCGCCUUUGCGCUCCCAGGAAUCCCAGCAUUGGCUCUCUGUUUUAUCCUACCAUAUCUAUUGAUGACCCGUGGAAAUCGAGAAGCUGCCUAUGAUUCAAUUGUUGCUUUGGCUGGCGAGAAACAAGCAAAACCCGUCUUCAACGAACUCAUCCGAGAAAGCGCACGAGACAAAAGUCGAUCCGGUUCUUUUUGGGAACUCUUCACGAGCAAGAAGCUCCGUCUUCCCCUACUCGUUUCCCUUCUUGUCAUGGUCGCUCAACAAUUCACCGGAUGUACAGCUGUCUUUGCUUACUCGACUGACAUGUUUAUCAACGCGAAACUUGAUCCACAAACAGCUCGUUACGCAACGCUGGCUAUCGGUGUCGUCUACUUCUUGUUCGCUUGUUCGGCUCCUUUGUUGAUUGAUCGAGUUGGGCGAAGGCCACUUUCUCUAUUCCAAUUGAUCGCCUGCCUCAUUGCUCUAUCGCUGCUCACUCUGUUCACAGGAAUUCAACAAUACGAACAAGCGACUUGGGCAAGUUACGGAACGAUCGGCGCGCUCGUUUUGUACAUGUGCGUGUAUGGGGUCGGCUCGCCGAUUCCCUGGAUGAUCACCGGAGAGCUUUUCAAUCAACAUUUCCGUUCAACGGCUGUCACGGUCUCGGUCUUUGCCGCCUACUUCAUGGCGAUGAUUAUCUCAUCAGCGUAUCUACCAUUUCAACAGAUGGUCGGUGUCACGUUCAGCUACAUGCCUUUCAUUGUGGUCAGUUGUAUCUCGAUUGUCGUUCUGUACUUCAUUCUACCCGAAACAAAGAAUCGUGAUGUGAAUGACAUUGUGAAUGAGGUGAGAGCACGGAAUCACUCGCUCAGUCUCGGAAUGCCGUGGAAUUCGCUGUCGCAAGAGGGACGGACUGAGAACAAGCACAUAGAGGCACUAAACCCAUCAACGUACUCGUCUCGAUUGGGAAGCAUUGGUCGACUACAUGAACAAAAGAACAUUCGAGAGUUUUGUGAAAUGCUAGGCAAAUUU